UGACAGUUGACACUGAUUAUGAGUAGUAAAACUUCUAAAUAUUGUUUUUAUUUUUUAGUUUUUUUUUAAAUACUACAUAAUUUAUAAAUUAUUUAAGCCUUGUCAAAAUCAAGACGAUAUCCACAAUAUUACAUUUAAAAUGGUUGAGGAGUCCAAUUCAAAUUUAAACAAGUCCAAGACCAAAACAACACGUCCAAAAGCCGUAUACUUGUGGUCAGAAGCAGAUGUUCAGAAAUGGUUACGACGACAUUGCAGUGACUAUUACAAUAUGUACUGGGAGAGAUUUCAUGAGCACGACAUCACAGGCAGGGCUUUAGUUCGGAUAAAUGAUAACACAUUACUAAGAAUGGGAAUCAUAAAUAAGGAGCAUCGGGAGGCUAUCUGGCGAGAAAUAUUAAAGUUGAGGCUUAAGACUGAUAUUGUAGAAAUAAGGGAUUUGGAACGGAGACAUUACUAUUUCAACUAUGAUUUGUGACAAAAGGAUUCAUAAGUCUUCGGACUUUGAAAGACCUUAUUGUGGUCUCAAAAUGGGCUUAUGAUCAAUAAUUGUGAUAUUACAUUAGUCUAGAAGAUAAUUUUAAAAUGUAUUUUAAUCCAUGAUGUUUAAGAUGAUGGCUUGUUGUUUAUUUAUCUAAGUGUAGCUUUCUUUAGACUUAUUACUUUAUAAUACCAUUUAUUUAAUACUUAAUAAAAUUAUAAAACUUUU